CCUAAAAUCAGAAAGAAAAAAAAGAUAAAAGUCAAACGAGUGUCAUCAUCUUCCUACAUCCAAUUCUGCGUUUUGUUGAAGAGGAGAGACAGAUUUAUGGCUGAUAAAUUGGAAAUUAUUACGACGUUACAACCUGAUCGAUUAGGAUUUAACAUCAGCGAUGAAGCAAAACGGAAAUUUACUAAUUGAUUUGGUUGAGAAAAUACACAAUAAUUAACAUUUUUAUUAAUCAAACAGCCAAUCAAGUUGAUUUGUGUUGCACAUUUCAGCAAUAUUACAGUUUAAAAACAUCAUAAACACAUCAGGUGGUCAACAGGUUUGAAAACAAAUAAGUGGAUCAAAUAUGUUGGUUUAAAAUCACAAUUAGAAAAAUGACUAAAACAAAAGUUACACAAGACAAGGUUAAAAUGACUUAAUUAGACACAUUUAGUCAAUAAAUACAAUCAGAACAAACCGUAAAUAUAAAACUAUUAUUAUAUAAAGUACAAGAGUUAAUAAAUCUAGAUGAUUUUGAUGUUUUUAUGUAUUUAUUGUGGAUAUUUAAAACGUCUUCCAGUUCCAGUGUUGAAUAUUCAUUAGAUAUAGAUAUUUAUUAUUUUUUUAGAUUAUUAUGCCAUUACCGUUACGUUGCUUGAAAAUGACGUCAAAACAAUAUUACCGCUUAUGGCGAUAACUUCCGGGUCGAUUUGGAGAAAGUAUUUAUGAUUCGAAAUGUUGACAGAUCUGAUGUGUUAUGAACCAGUUCUUUUAAAAAUAUUAUUCGGUUCUUCUCUGGAUCUCGUUAUGAACUGAAGUCAUGGAAAACGUCACGGAAAACAACGCGACAGCGGCGCCCUGGACGGAGGCCAAGCUGCUCAGCCUGCAGGUCUCCCUCUACGUGCUGCUAGGCGUCGUUACCUUGGUAACCGCGCUCUCCAACGCCUUCGUCAUAGCCACCAUCUUCCUGACCAGAAAGCUCCACACGCCGGCCAACUUCCUGAUCGGGUCUCUGGCCAUCACGGACCUGCUGGUGUCCAUCCUGGUGAUGCCGAUCAGCAUCGUGCACACCGUGACCAAAACAUGGUCGCUCGGUCAGAUUGUUUGCGACAUCUGGCUCUCCUCUGACAUCACCUUCUGCACCGCCUCCAUUUUGCACCUGUGCGUCAUCGCGCUGGACCGCUACUGGGCCAUCACGGACGCGCUGGAGUACUCCAAGCACCGCACGAUGCGCAGGGCGGCCAUGAUGGUGGCGGUCGUUUGGGUGAUGUCCAUUUCCAUUUCCAUCCCGCCGCUCUUCUGGCGGCAGGCCAAAGCGCAGGGCGAGCUGACGGAGUGCGUGGUGAACACGGAGAAGAUCUCCUACACCCUGUACUCCACCUUUGGUGCCUUCUACGUCCCCACUGUGCUUCUCGUCAUCCUCUACGGGAGGAUCUACGUUGCGGCGCGCUCACGCAUCUUCAAGACGCCGGCAUCCGGGAAGCGCUUCACCACGGCGCAGCUCAUCCAGACCUCCGCGGGGUCUUCGCUCUGCUCUCUGAACUCCGCCUCCCACCAGGACGCGCACCUGCACGCUGGAAACACAGGUGGAGGCGGAGGCGGAGGCGGAGGCUCACCUGUGUUCAUGAACAGCGUGAAGGUGAAGCUGGCGGACAGCGUGCUGGAGAGGAAACGCCUAUGCGCGGCGCGGGAGCGCAAAGCGACCAAGACGCUGGGCAUCAUCCUGGGCGCCUUCAUCGUCUGCUGGCUGCCGUUCUUCGUCAGCACGCUGGUCAACGCCAUCUGCACGACGUGCUGGUUCAGUCCGGUUCUGUUCGACCUCUUCACCUGGCUGGGAUACCUGAACUCGCUCAUCAACCCCGUCAUCUACACGGCGUUCAAUGACGACUUCAAGCAGGCUUUCCACAAGCUCAUGAAGUGCAGACGGAGCUUUUAGGCCGCGGCAAACACAGAAACUGUUUCAGUG